AUGCGCAUGACGGCUCUGCGACAGAGCUCCGUGAAGGUCGGCCACUUCCCGCUGAAGGCAGCCGCCGCACUGCUGGUCAGGCGCAGCGCGCAAACAGCGACAGUCCUUCUAUUGGGUGAUUUCUCCUCGUUACCCGCUCCAGUCCUCGUCGCCGCCUUCACCGCGCGUCUGCACAACAUCAUUGAGACACAUCAGCGAAUCGAGCUGUUGAUGCGGAAGCAGCAGAACGAUGAGGAAGAAGUGAUUCACGCGAUUGCAAAUCGUAACGAGCAGUCGCUCACACUCGCGGCAGUUACCGCACCCCGGCACCACUUUCCCCAACUCGAUUCUCUCACCUUGGCAGCUUCAAGAGAAGGACGCGGGGGAUCGUCCGUUGUAUUAGCAAAUCCUCAUCGAGCGCGCCGCAACCUUUGCCGCACUGAGACGGUUUAAAGAGAAAGGCAGCAUCGUUGUUCACGCGCUCUGCGCUGUAAAGACCCGUUAGGUGCAAACGCUGGAGCCCGUCGCCACCGUGGAGGCCUCGAAGAAGGCGAACAAAAGUAACUCAAGGGCAUGCCUUGGCUACGGGAGUGGUCCCGCUGGUGGUGGCCUUGGCAGUGGCACAGGUGCAACAGUGACGGACGGGAGCGCCACACACGCGCCAGACACCAUCGCUGAACUGCAAGAGGAGGUCAUCACGCAGCGGCAUGUCAUUGAGCAGAAGGACCAACGCAUGCGAAACACGAGCCACAUGCUCUUGGCGGUACGCCGGCAGCCUCCACCGCUUCCUUCACUCUCCUCACUCUCCCCCCCCCCCCCCCAGCGGCGCGGCGUCCACAACCAGCAGCCCUCGCCAAGCAACAGCUGAGGGAGACGGCGCUUCUAUGGUCGCCGCCCAAGAUGCCGUGACGACGACUGAGCGACUAACGGUGCGCUACGCAAGCAACGGCGAUGUCGCCACCGUCUCGGUGCAGUGCCUCCAUCUGGAGGAGGUCCACGGCGACACCUCUUGAGGAGACGGCACGCAAAUGUAGCACUGCUGGAAGAGAGCGUCUGCAGCAAGUGCCGAAAACGCGGGGAGUGAUGUACAACAGAGACCAGCAACCGCAGCGUCACGAGCGCCUCAGCCUUUGAAAUGGAAUUGCAUACGUUGCUGGAGGAGGGCGGGAAUGGCGGUGGUGUCGCGGUGGCUGAAGGCGAUCCAUUACGGGGAAGAAGGAUCAGCAUACCAAGUUGCCGACCUCGUCACGCUCGUCCUUGUCGAUUGUCGCUCGCACGCUUUUCACAUUUGUGAGCGUCGGAGAUGCAGCCACCUCAGGCCGUCAUCGCCGCCGCCGCCUCGAGCGCAGCAGAGGAUAGAAAAGAGAGGGAGGAAGGUGCGAAGAAGGGCGGCAGCAGAACCGAGCCAACAGCGCCGAAGGGCAUGGCGGUGGCCGCCAAUGACAAGUCGAAGAAAGUGUCAGGUGGGUCAACGCCACAACUGUCCAGCGAGCCGACCGCAACGGCAGAUGUACAGGAAUGGUUUCUCGGUAUUCCAGCUGCGGACGCCUCCAGCGUUGGUGCCUCGACGCGCCGCUCGUUCAAUUCCCGCUCGUCCAGCGCGAGUCGGCGUCUUGUAUGCCUUCGACCUGCAAAAGUUAUGGAUGUCACGAUUCGCAGCCUGGACAGUCCCAGCAAUAAUGCGGAUGACGACAGCGAGGACGAGGGGCAUAUCACAGUGGGGAGGAGCACCUCAAACGUGCGGGGUCGUAUGGCUGUCAUCACGACUGAGACCCCAGCGGCGAUUUUCCCGUCCCCCUCACUGUUGUCAGACACUACCACCUCAGCAGGGCGUUCAGACGUACAGUAGCAGUGCUUCACCCAGCAUCUGAAGGAGCUGGACAAAAUCGAGGCAGAGAUGUUGGUACCGUAGUGGUAUUCCAUUUUUGAAAGGAACGAAAUGCAGUCAACUGUACUCACGCAUGCACACUAACAAAGCCUCUCCCCCUCUUUCCAGCUCGAAU